CUUCAGUGAGAUAAAGAGCGCGGUUAGAAAUCAACGUCGAUAAAUAUGUCGGCGUUAUAUUUUUUCCUUUUAGUUACACUUUUAGUGACAGAUAUUUCAUGUAGGGGUUUAAACCGAGAAAAAAAGAAGGACAGACAAUUAUUUCUCAGUCGUCAUGUAGUAGCAGACGGUAAAGAAUUCGAUGGUGGUGUAUUAGUGGACGAGGACGGAAUUAUCUCUGGAGUUUAUACGCGAGAUACUCUGAAAGAUCUUUCCCUAGAAAACGAUGCCACACUUCAGGUAAUAGACGGAGGAAGAUGGGCGUUAAUGGCAGGAGCAGUGGAUUCACAUGUCCACGUCAAUGAGCCUGGUCGUACAGAAUGGGAAGGGUUUGCUACGGCUACCAAAGCCGCUGCUGUAGGCGGGAUCACCACUCUUGUCGAUAUGCCUUUGAACUCCAUCCCACCGACCACGACAGUUGAAAAUUUGAAAGUAAAAGCUUCGACGGCGAAAGAGGAGAUUUUCAUAGACGUUGCAUUUUGGGGAGGAAUAAUUCCUGGUAACGAGAAUCAACUACUAAAUAUGAUCAAAGCGGGAGUGAUCGGUUUCAAAGGGUACCUAAUUGACAGUGGAAUUGAGGAGUUCCCUAAUGUUGAAGAAACUGAACUUGACGCUAUUCUGACAACGUUGAAUGGAUCUGACAUUGUUUUAGCCUUCCAUACCGAGGCACCCUAUGGCGAUGGUAAAAAUUGUGAUAAUUGUGAUCCCAUUUUGUACAGUACGUACCUUGCAUCUCAUCCUCCAGAAAUGGAACUCAAGGCAGCGUCUAUACUUGCUAAAUAUAUUCCGAAAUACGAUGUUCGUGUCCACGUUGUACACGUGUCGGCGGCAGGUGUUAUACCCAUAUUGGAACGGAUUCGAGAGGAAAGAAUAAAGGCUGGCUCCACACGUUGGCGUGGUGGUGUCACAGCGGAGACCUGCCAUCACUACCUAACAUUUAGCUCUGAGCAAAUCCCUCCUGGACACACAGAGUUCAAAUGCUCACCGCCUAUCAGGAAUCUCACCAACAAGGAAAAGCUAUGGGAUUACAUAAGAGACCAAAGACUUGAUUUAAUAGCAUCAGACCACUCUCCUUCAGUCGCUAGCUUAAAGGGACCCAAUUUCAUGACCGCUUGGGGAGGAAUUUCCUCUGUUCAGUUUGGCUUAUCUCUGUUCUGGACGGAAGCUAAAGCCCGUGGAUACAGCCUUAGCACAGUUAGCCACUACUUGUCUUCUGGUCCAGCACAUCUCAUUGGCAUGCAGAACAAAAAAGGAGCGAUAAGACCGGGUCUUGAUGCUGACCUCGUGUUCUUUGACCCUAACGCUUCGUUUGUCGUCACGCCAGAUAUAAUUGCUUACAAAAACAAGCUGAGUCCAUAUAUGUAUCGAGUGCUAAAUGGUAAGGUAAUGCAAACUUAUCUGAGAGGUCAACUUAUUUACUCGAACGGAGAAGUGUCUGAAAAACCGCAAGGACAGCUGCUUAUAAAUGAAGAUGUAGUGUUUAAGUUAUAAACACAAAUUAUAUUAUGUUACGAAAUAGAUCUAAUAAAUUUCAAUUCCCACUUU